AGUUCCUUGUUAUAUUUGUGAAUUUGGGUCGAUUUCACGGCUUUUAAUAAAUCUUCAUCUAUUUAGGAUACAUCUAGUAAUAUUUCCUGAUAUAAUCCCGACAUACUUAAUAGUAUAUAUCCUGUUAGUGAUAAAAGCUUGGGAGGUCACGCCGGAUUUGAAGAAAAAUGGCGGGUGUGUUAUUCGAAGAUAUAUUCGAUGUGAAAGAUAUUGAUCCUGACGGGAAGAAAUUUGACAGAGUUUCCAGGCUAUUCUGUGAGUCAGAGUCAUUUAAGAUGGACCUGAUCCUAGAUGUUAAUACGCAGCACUACCCUGUUGAUCUAGGUGACAAGUUUCGUAUGGUGCUGGCGACAACGUUGCGAGAAGACGGAUCACCAGACGAUGGAGAGUAUAAUCCUCUGGACACUGGACCAUCUCGAGCAGAUAGCUUUGAAUAUGUCAUGUAUGGCAAAGUAUACAGGAUUGAGGGAGAUGAGACUGGUCCCGAUUCCUCACGAUUAGCUGCUUACGUGUCGUACGGUGGACUACUGAUGAGACUGCAAGGGGACGCAAACAAUUUACACGGGUUUGAAGUGGAUUCUCAUGUGUACCUGUUAGUGAAGAAGUUGGCUUUUUAAAUAGUGUGACUGUGCUACAAGUGUAAAUGUGAGAGUUGAGGAAUGAAAGGCAAUCAUGGCUACUUUAAUAGUUGAUAAAUUAGUCACACAAUCUUAGGUUUGUAACCACUUGAUUAACACAUUUUAUGAACCGUUGCUUACAAGUGAUCAUCUGUAUAAGGCCUGUGUGCUUUACCGACAGAUUAAUGAUGCUAUUUUCAUAUGUAGACCUUGACAUAUAAGAUAUUUUUGGAAAAGAUGUGUCUGAAAAGUGAAUAAAGAAAGAGUUAAUGUAGAUCGAGAAUAAUUUGAUGUUAAUCGAGAAUUACUUAAAGUAGAUUGAGAUAGUUUUUGAAUGACUGAGCAGAGUAAAUGGGUGUGUAAUAUUACCAUACCACCAUUCCAAAUGUGUUCAUGUUUUGUGAGAAUUCAUUUUUUAAAUAAAAGUUUUUA